UUAUUGAAUAUUUUAAGAUUUGAGUUGGUCAAAGCUCGUGAUGUCAUGUGAAGGCUCAUAAAAAAAAUCAAAACUCUACGUAUAUUGCAUUUAAUAGAAAGAAAUUCUUAACUUGAUACAGUAUAUCGCGUCGAUAGAAUGCAAUCGUGCGACAGUUUCGUCAAAUGAACUCCGUGCGAUCGUACUAUAUCGAUUUUCAUAUUGACGCAGAUUGAUUAUAUAAAUGCGUAAUUAAUGGUGAUAAUAAUUUUUUGCGUUAAUUAAAAUUGUCAUUCUUGACAAAUUGAAAAUCUAUUACGUUCUUACAUUACACAUGUACCUUUUUCCAUAAUAGAUUAUUUUACAAUAGAUGUAGUAUCGCCAUCUGUUGAUUCUCUUAUACAACUAUUAUAAACACUUAAAUCUCAUUCCAUGAACACGUGUAGCUGCUGUGGUGAGUUGUCGCAUCACUUUCUGUAACUGUAAUUAUAAGAUGUAUUGUAAAAAUUAGCCAAUUAGAGUUAAGAGUUUAAAAAUAAUGGUUUGAAAGUUUACGGUUACGAAAAGUGUAUGCAGGAGCCUUAUUACACCGAAGUUUUCAUCUGUAUCUUCCUUGUAUAACCUCAAUAGAUCGAAAACAUCUCUCUAUUCUUUAGGAAAUUUAUAAAAAAAGAAGAGAAAAAAUCACGAGUACGAUUUUUAUAAGCGAAUAAAAUGGCGUCGAUAACAAAAUUAGUGAAUUCUGUCGAUGUAAAUUCAAAAAAAUUUGAAUCGAUAGUGCACGACUUGGUCAAUAACGACGAUGUGCCGUUCGAUAAUCAAGAGGUUGAUAAUAUCCAAAAUGCCAUUAUAAAAAAAGUUAAUUUACGUAUAAAUCAAGGAGGAUGCAAUUUUUUAUUUAUUCUGGAUAGGCUCUUGCCUACGUGUUCUAAAGACACAUUUUUAAAACACGGAUUAUUCUGGAUAAGCAGUGCUAUGGAAGUAUUGGAAAAUGUACAUAGCAGUAUGCAGAAUUUGACACUUGCCUGUAAGGUGUUAGGAGUCUUAGUCGAACGUUGCAAGCAAAUUCCAGAAUUGCACAAGCAGAUCUCCAUGCAGUAUGUAAAACAGCUCGUGAAUAUCCUUAGUUCAUUGCGACCAGAUGCUAAAUAUGGAGCAAUAUAUUAUUUAAUGGCUGUUCUGCUGUAUCAUUAUCCUGAAGUUUGUGAGCGAUUUCAGAAACAGAUACGGAAAAUGAUUUUGUUACAAAUUGAUUCUAUGCAAGAGAAUAUGGUUAAUGCUAGUGCAAGAUGUUAUCUUCUUUUGUCCAAAGUGACAGAACGCUCAUUUAAAUUACCUCCAUCUAAAUCUAUGUACACUGUAUUGACAUACAGCGAGGUGUUACUUUGUAAUAACUUGCACACUAUAAUGGAUGAAUUGUUCUCUGAAUUAGUAGAAUUGGAAAGUGUAGAUAUCUGGGGUAAAUUAGAAUUACCAGAUAUAUCUAAUAAGGACAUAGUACAAUAUUAUAAUGGACAGAGACAAAGAUUUUCAAACCUAUGUACUUAUCUUUCCAUAAUGUUACGAGGAUAUGAGGAAAGAAAUUCUGUUCUACCUCACGAUAUUUUAGGACUUUUAUGUCGAGGAUUAGCAAUAACGCCAUUAAAUCUAAAGGAUAAAGUGUCUUGUAAAGAACAGAUGCUAUAUAUAAUCUUGCCAAAAAUGCAUAUUAGCUUGCUUACAGUUUUGGAUGCAUUUAUAAAUGGGUUUGCUCAGGAGUUAAUACCAUAUGGGACAACUAUAUUAUAUUUGUUCCAACACACAUUGGAAUGGACAAGUACUAUUUUAGAAAAUCAAAUAACAUUUAGUAAUAGUAAACCUUUUAGAAAUGUUAGAAUACACACUUACAAAUGUCUUUGUUCAUGGCUGAUGAAUGUUGGCUCAUUGUCAGGCAUAGAAAAAAUUACGAAUGAAUGUGUUAUUUCUAUAUUAAAAGAUGUAACACCAGAACGAGAUUGUAUAUUAUUAUCCAUGCAACAAAAAACGCAGAAUUUAUCUAAACGCACAAUAAAACGUUCCAAACGUAGCCAGUGUGAAAAUAAUCCAGUUUUAAACAAUGGAGAGAGUUCUAUUAAAAGUGGAUGUCUAGAUGCAGAUUUAUGCAGAGAGGCUCUUAUUGUUUUGCAGAACAUACUUUCUAGCGGUAGUAUUUUACUGAAACAGAUGUUUUACCAAACUGUACAGAAUGUAAUAAUAUCUUUAUUAUAUAAUCUUUAUCUGAGUUCCACUGAACAAAAUUUUUAUAAAGCUCAUACUGUAUGUCGCUUGGAACUAUUCAAAGUAUUGAAAGCUUUACAAAUGUAUCCACAUGUUACAUUGGCAUUUCCUAUACAAUACUGUCUAGAAAUAUCACAGAUGGCAGCUCUUGAUAUUGAUUUAAGUAUUGCUCAAGAAGCAAAAUUCGCAUUAGCUGAAUUGGAAAAAAUUAUACAUCCUGCUGCACCUACAUUGCGCUUAUCUCGACGGCAGGAAUCUGAUAAUGAAUUUGAAAAUGAAAUGGAAAAAGUUACUAAUAUUGAUAAAUUAGACAAAAGAAGUAGGACUUCUUUGAAGAAAGUCUUCUUUGAAGAAAAAGAGUGUUCUGAUAGUGAAGAUGCAAUACAAUCUGUAUCUAAACGACCAAAAAUAACUGCAAUUGAAAUAAUACAGAAUGAAACUGAUAUACAGCCAUUGGAAAAGAACGAUAGUAUUGAUAUAAAUAAAUCUAAAAUAGAUGACAACUUAUAUAAAGAAAUUGAAGAAGAAGAAACUAAAAAUGUAUUACAAAAUAAAAUACAACAUAAAAAUCAAAGUCAGCUGAACAUUGAUGCAGUUGCAAAUGUUACUAUUGAAAGUAGAAUGGAAUGUGAAUUAGUUACAGAAGAACAGCUUCUUGAAGAACAACUUCUUGAAAAACAACUUCUUGAAAAACAGUUUCUUCUUGAAAAACAGCUUCUUGAAAAACAGCUUCUUGAAAAACAGCUUCUUGAAGAACAACUUCUUGAAGAACAGCAUACGGAAGAACAAAAUCAUGAACAAUCUGAUAUAAUAACAUAUACAAGUGAAAAUAAAACGGUAAACAAAAGUCCUGAGAUAGAUGGAAAAGAACAAAAGUUUUCGCAAGACAGUUCAGAAAAAUGGGAAAAUAUAGGUCCUAAAAUAAUAAACUCUUUAAAUCUGCUUCAGAAAAAUGAAAUUAAAUGAUUAGAUGUUUUUAUUUUAUCUUUGUAA